AAUGGCGACAUUCACCAAUUUUUGACGCGACAAGUUGACAGUUUUACUAUUCCGCUGAUCACCAGAAUUAUGAUGGGUCUUUCUUAUAACAAAUGGAUAUUUUUAUUCUUUAGCGUUCUUUUUCUAGCAGAAUCUGCCAAGUCGAACGAAUCAAGUUCAGAAUUUAGGUACAUCGGGUCAUAUCGUGAUUCCUCGUAUUACGUCAGCAAUGUCAGAACCACGUGGAACGCCGCUCUGACAGCAUGCAUUCGGUCCGACCAUGGAAACUUAAUUUCCGUAGAAACAUUCGACGAAGACCUCGAAGUACGUCUCCUCAUGAUAGAAAAUAGCAUUGAGGACGUAUGGACCGCGGGCGGGUAUGACUUCAAUAGGCAGAAAUACUACUGGAUUAAGGAGACCAGUGAAGAGGUUCAGGUAGACGAAUGGGCCCCUUGGAGGGUUGGACAUCCCCUCCAGCAAGAUGGAUACAUCAUAGCCAUCCAUAACACGGUUUUUGGUCACUCUGCCUGGUACACGGAAAUGAAAACGCAGCCAUUUUACUACAUUUGCGAAAAGGAUGUCCCGACAUCUCCAACCACGGAAGCUGACACGGAAAAGACGACCUUGACGACACCCACUGAACCGGACAGUACAACCAGCACAACGGAAGGGACGACAACGCCGGAUCCCAUCGCUGAAUGGAUUUGUCCAGCCGGUUAUGUCGGCGAUAUUGGUCAUCCGUUCGAUUGCCGUCUUUACUACUCUUGUCUGGAUUCACAGGCAACUAGGAAAAGUUGUUCGGUAGGCUUCUACUUUGAUACGUGGGUUGAAUAUAUUUGCCGGCCCCCAUUUCAAGUUCCACAAUGUUCUGGGGGUACUCCCGUUCCAGGGACACCAACUCCUAAGCCACCACCAUCUUAUGCAAGGAUAAUGCAAGAAUGGUAUUAUCGAUAGGAUUAAGGUCUUGAGUUUCACACUUGUCACUUGUGCACAUCUUAUGGAAUAAGUAUGUAAUAAACAAUUCCUAAUUUUCUUAAUUGUAAUAAAAAACAAUACAUUAUAA